AAUGCCGGGGGGAGGUGGCUCUGUCCCUGCAAUAGCUUGCGGGGGGGGUGGCCUGGCCUGGCCCAGACCGGUCCGGGGUGGCUGCUGUCGGGCGGCACGUAGGGCGCGGAUCAGCUGACGAGCGGGGCUGGCCUUGCAGCCCCGCCGCGGAGGGGAGGGAUAUAAAGGGCGGCGCGUCCCGCACCCCGGCCCCGUAACUCCCCCUUGCAGCGCCGGCGGCCCGGGCCGUGUGUACCAUCAGCAGUGGCGGCAGCGCUGCGGAGCCCGGGCUCGGGUCUCCAUCCAGCCAAUCAGAACUAGCUCUCCUGCUUUCCCAAUUUACUUUUUUCCCCCCCAUCUUUUUAUUCAGUUUUUUUUUCCCUUCCUCAACGUUUUUUGGUCAAAAAUCUCAACAAAAUGGUGCAGAAGAAAACAGAAAUCAAAGGUUUCCAUCGUUCUUUCAAGGGCCAGAACCCAUUCGACCUGGAAUUCUCCCAGUCAAGUCACCUGGAUUCUGUCUUCAACUUUGAGUGCCCGGCCCGCCCCGACAUGCCUUCAAGUCAGCCCAUCGAUAUCCCUGAUACCAAGAAAAGGAACAAGAAGAAGAAACGAUGCAGAGCUACGGACAGCUUCUCUGGGAGGUUUGAAGAUGUCUACCAGCUGCAGGAGGAGGUGCUCGGGGAAGGCGCCCAUGCUAGAGUCCAGUCCUGCAUCAGCCUCAUCACCAACAAGGAGUACGCCGUGAAGAUCAUUGAGAAGAGCCUUGGACACAUCCGGAGCCGGGUAUUCAGGGAGGUGGAGAUGCUCUACCAGUGCCAAGGACACAGGAACGUCCUGGAGCUGAUCGAGUUCUUCGAAGAGGAAGAUCGAUUCUACCUGGUGUUUGAGAAGAUGCGAGGAGGCUCCAUCCUGACCCACAUCCACAGGAGGCGUCACUUCAAUGAACUGGAGGCCAGUGUGGUGGUGCAAGACAUUGCCAGUGCCCUUAACUUCCUGCACAACAAAGGUAUAGCGCACAGGGAUUUAAAACCAGAAAAUAUUCUCUGUGAGAGUCCCGACCAGGUUUCCCCUGUGAAGAUCUGUGACUUUGACCUGGGAAGUGGCAUCAAAUUAAAUGGCGAUUGUUCCCCUAUCUCCACCCCUGAGCUGCUCACACCCUGCGGCUCUGCUGAGUACAUGGCCCCCGAGGUGGUGGAGGCCUUCAACGAGGAGGCUUCCAUCUACGACAAGCGUUGCGACCUGUGGAGUCUGGGGGUCAUCCUGUACAUCAUGCUGAGCGGCUAUCCACCCUUCGUGGGGCACUGUGGCACCGACUGCGGCUGGGACCGUGGCGAGGCGUGCCAUGCCUGCCAGAACAUGCUCUUUGAGAGUAUCCAGGAAGGGAAGUAUGAAUUUCCUGAUAAGGACUGGGCCCACAUUUCUUUUGGAGCCAAAGAUCUAAUUUCCAAGCUGCUGGUUAGAGAUGCCAAGAAUCGGCUCAGCGCGGCCCAGGUCCUCGAGCAUCCUUGGGUGCAGGGGUGUGCUCCAGACAACACUCUUCCAACCCCCAUCAUCUUACAGAGGAACAGCAGUGCCAAAGAACUCACCUCCUUCGCCGCUGAAGCCAUCGCUGUCAACCGUCAGCUGAUGCAGCGUGACGAAGACGAGGAGGAGGAGGAGGAGGAGACGCGACCAAUCAUCAUCAAAGCUACCUCACGCUCCAUGCAGCUGUCGCCCCCUUCGGAAUCCAGGCUGGCCCAACGGAGGCAGAAGAGCAGCAUGACGAAGGCGGGGGCUGCGAGCCAGCACCUCGGCGCUCCGUUAGUCCUGGUGGGCGAUCACGCGUGAUCGCCUGCCCGCUGUGGCCCCCCCCCCACCACUCCCUGUACAUACGUGUGUGCUGUAUCCGGGCGUCGUCCUUCUUUCUUUUUCUUUUCUUUCUCCUUUUUUUUUUUUUUUUUAAUGCUGUUGUUAGCUAGCAACAAGAUCAGGACUCUGUCCUAUUGGCUGGUUUCCAAGGUUUCACUGAUCUUGCAAGUUCCUUUCUUUUGUUUCUGUUUAAACCCCCUUCUCCCCCCUCCCCCUUUUUUUUUUUUAAAGGUAUUAAAUCAAGUGUGAGGUUGCUUCACCCAGGGCACAUUUAAGGACAUUUAACAGACAACGUAUGAACUCUUCCUUGACUUUUCUUUUUUCUUUUUCUUUUUUUUCCCCUACACCAAAGGACUAUUUGUAUAAGCGACACUUUUACAACUUCAGCUCAUUUCAUACUGUGAAAAAACGACGACAAAAAAGACCCUCGGUUGUAUUUUUAACAACAAAACGUAGCAUUUUAACAUUUAUUUUCCUACCGAGCUGCAGGGUUUUCUUUGAAUUGGGGCUGAGAUGAGUCAACCGUGGGGAGCUCUUUUUUUAAAAAAAAAAAACCAAAAAACCAAAAAACAAACAAAAAAAAACUGAAGAAAAAAAAUUAAUCAUUCCGGAGCUGGAAUUGGCUGAUCUAAGCUAAGGUGUUGAAAAGCUAACGUGUCCAGGCAUCGCACCUCUCAGAAAAAAAGGGGUGAGGGUGGAGAGGGAUAGUCCUGAGCCACCGUCCCUCCCAAUGCUUCCCUUGCCGUAGGGACUCCAGAAUGCAGUGGGAUGCUGUAGUGUUGAGGGAGAGUUUGGUUGAAGCUCCGUUGGGGAACUGGAUCUUCAUCGAAUGCCAGGGCUUGGCGUUGGGGCAUGGGGGGGUUCCGUGACAUUGGAAGGGGGUGUCAUUGUCACUGCAGGUGCCCCAGGUCCUGGAAGCUUGGUGCCCUCUGCUCCCGCUGAAGUCUGUGGAAGUGGGGGGCGUUCUGCAGCUCACCUGGAGAGAGAACGUGGUGCUGGCAGAUGGAUUUCUCGCUAGAAGAGAGGGGCGAGCUGCACUCAUGAGGGCAGUUGAUCUCCCUGGUUUGGAUUGAAACUCAGCUCCCUGCUCUAAGAUAAGCUAUUUAAACCACUUGAGGGUUUUUGUUUUUGUUUUUCUUUAAACCGCCUAGUUGUGCUUUGCUAAAGCGAACCUUGCUUGAAUAGGGCGUUGAGAAGUGUCUUCCUUCGUUCCCCUAGGUUCUGUCCUUCGGACUUGGACUGGCAACCGAGCUGUACUGGCAUGGUGCUUCCUAGGGUUAGAUGAUGUGCCAGGUACAGCUUGGAUAUGGGGGAGCGGAGGUGGGGACUGGUGGCAUCUCCACCAGUGUUCCCAGGUUUUUGAAAUGUUCGCAGAGUUAGGCAGUAACUCUGAACGUGUUAUAGGGCUGGUCCUGUCCUAUGAAAGUCUGUAGGGGCUUUGCCAUGGAGCAGGAUCCAAGCCUCUUCUGAGGAGUGAGUGUGAGCGCGCGCGCGUGUGUGUGUGGAGGGGGUCUCUGCCCCAGUUACCAGCUGCCAGUUUUGUGAGAUCACACGAGCAGCUGGGUUCCCAGUAAAGGGCAGGAUCAACGCCGAGCUCCUGUCCUUACAGACUGUGGCUGGCGAAUCCCCUGCCUUGGAAAUAAUCUGGUGCUUUUUAAAAAGGAAAAAUUUGUUCUUGCUUUCAGUGAGCUUUCUGUCCUAGGGCAACGAACUGAGUAUUCAGGGAGAGGAUCCGAGCAGCUCUGUCGCCGGGAGGCAGAAGCAAGUGAAAAGGAGUAUUGUUUCCGUGGGAUCUGUGUCGCUUAAGGGGUUCCAUGGUGUAUUUCAUUUAUUUUUUAAAUGCAGAUAUCUUCCCAAGGUUCCCCCUCAAGAGGUGAUCAGCCUUCCUUUCAGGUGGGCAUAGAAAUCCGUCCAGGGCUUGCCCGUGACGGUUGCCUGUGGGCUGCUUUCCCUUAGGAAAUCCAGUCUCUGGCGUUGGACGGGCAGAGAGCUCCCCCAGCGGGGUAGACCGAAGGCGGGUUUCUGGGUCUUCAUGCUGAAGCAGAGGUGGACUAGAGGAGGAAGAGCUUUAAUAGUCUUUGAGGGAGGCGUGGUCUCGUGGAAGUUGGGUUUUUGGGUUGAGACGCUUGCAGGGGAGCAGAUUUAGUCAGCAGGGCCUCUCAGGGAGGUCUGAAUUGGAGGGGAGCGUGUGCCGUUCGAAUGCGCCUUCCGGAGGGUCCAUAGAAGUGAUUUUUUUUUUUUUUUCCCCCGGAGUUUAAUUGUGACACAAGCCUUCCCAACUGGAGGCUGACCAAUCAGGACGAGUCUGUCAGUGGGGCUGGGGUCCUAGGUGGGUGGCAGCAAUUCUCCUUGCCCAUGGUGUAUCUCGUGCUUCCAUUUGUUCUGAAGUCUCUUCCCUAGUUUCCUGAUCCAGCCUGGCGUGUAGCGCCUUCCCUUUGCUUGAUUUCCUCUCGAAAAAUGAGGGCUCUGGGCCUGAUCUUUCAGAAGCGCUGAGUCUUAGAUGGGGGCACGCUGGGGCUUGCACACGCCCAGCUGUUCUGCAAAUCAAAACCCCGUAUCUCCCUGCGGAAUAUCGGGCCGGAUUUGGCUGCCCUUGCCGGUGGUGCAGAUGAAGGGUAGCACCGCUGAGCUGAGCGUAGCUGUGCUGGUGCAAAACUGACAGGGAGUGAACUCGGUGGCUUCAUUCUGCCUCCCCAGAAGCUCCUCUCUUAAACAAGGCCGACGUGUUUGUCUGAGUCUGUCCAGACUGAGGGAAAUGUGCUCCCUGCAAAUUACUGGCCUCCCUUGCUCUCUAACUGGACGAGUUACUGGCCUCCCUUGCUCGUCUAACUGGAUGCAUCAAGCUUUAUAUUUUAAAAGCCACCUCAAACUUCUGACGUAGGCACAGCUGGGGGGUUUUGGAACCUUUGAGUUGGGAAUCCAGCCUGCCUCCUCUGAAUUUUGGAUGCUUUCUCAGACUGCGGACGUUCUGGGUUUCUCUCCCCCCCCCCCCCCCCCGAAGACUGCUGACAGCAACACUAUGCAAUAUAUGUUUAGUUGAUUUCAGGGAGGCAAUUGUGAAUAGCAUCAGGGGUUAGCUGAUCACUGGGUGUUUGGAUCUCGAUGAAGCUUUGGGAAGGGACGGGAAUGUAAACUGUAACUGUUCCUUACCCUGUUUUGCAGAAGCAAUUUCAGUUCCAUCUGUAAGUAAAACACCUUGAUUUCCAAAAUCCACACAUCAUCUUGCUUACAGUGAUCAGCACUUGCUUCCCUUGACCGCAGAACUCCAGGGUAGCAAGGAGAAUACGGGGGAGCACUGUAUUGGAAGCAAGGGGGGUACUGUACCUCGAAAAACAGGCUGCAAUACUCCUAGAGACCUCCUUUAAAAAAAAUCCAUUAUCUUGAUUGUACAUUGUUACUUUUUUUAUAGCUUAUUUUGUUUUUAUCAGUUGUAGAUAAUUCCUUGUUGUCUUAUAUUAAGAAAUACUUGAAUGAUGUACAGUAUGCGAUGCCUCGAGCUGGUAUUGUGAAAGCUAUUGUAAUGCUGCCGGUUGCAGCCUUUUAAAAAACAAAUAUGGGAAGGGAAUUGCAAGGGGGGGGAUGUUCUGGUUUUCCACGAUUUUGUGGGCAAACGUCCCCACCUCCCACCCAUGAAACCUUUUUUCCUCCCCUGAAAGGUGGCUUACAAAGGCAAGUGAACUGGGUUGACCUUUCUUUGCUGCUUUGAUGAGUAAAGAAGGUCUGGGGUCUUCUGUCUGACCUCAGAAAAAUCAGGGAGGCAGGCCUGGGGUUGCCUGGUUUUUGCUGGAGGACUAGUUGAAGAUCUCUGAACAGAUCCUCAGUUGGGGUCAGAUCUGGCAACUUACACUUGCUGCUGAGCUGCCUGCUCGCAUGUCUUGUGAGCUUUUUCUUCUCUUGGGGGAGAGGUUCAAAGUCACAGGUGGCACUUUUAGGGCCAUUAGGCUCUUAUCUCCUGUCUGUGCCUCUGAAAAUUCCCCCCUUUAAAGAGGGGACAGCCUCACUCCGUUGAUUAUCAGGAGAGCUUUUCUGACGGCUUGCCCGGCAGUUUGUUUUAAAUCCACACCGGUUUAACUUGGUGUUUUAAAAGUCCAUCCAAAUACAGUUCACUUUGUUUCGCUGGCAUGGUGCAUCGGUCUGUCGCAAUGCUAGCAGUCCUCCCAUCAGCCAAAGUCUUACAGGAAAAUCUGUAGACAAGACCCUGGAUUGCUAAUGAAGGGGAAACUUUGGAAGAAACACUUUCAUGCCAUUUAAGAAUCAAAUAGGCAGCCCAGUUACUCUUUCCUUUUUAGGUUGCCUUUAAGAAGCACACUUGCUCUGAGGAAGUGCACAGAGCAGUGUGUGUUUGGAGGGAAUUGUGAAAUGCCUUGCACACUUGGGCUGAGAGUUCAGCUUCAUUUAGGCACCUCCAUGAUCAGACUUCAUAGUAUUUGGCCCCGAGUAGCUGCCAUUAUUCAGUGGGAGCAGAGGGCUCCAUUGAGGGUGUCUAAGUGGGAGAUGGAUGCUCAGGUCUUUUGAAAAAUUUGGCCCUUGGUCUGUAGGUGUUAACAAGACAGAAGAGACGCUAAUGCUGGUGCCCAGGAUUGGGCCCGCAUCCCACCUCCUCAGUGGUUACUUUCCCUUGGUUUUGUUUCCAAAGACAAUGCUUGCCCAGAAUCUUUCUCUCUAGCACUUACAUGGUUCUGUGCCCAGUUUUAACCCUGUCUUGCCAAAGUCCUUUUUUUUUUUUAUUUUAAACCCAUGUUUUCCUCCUUUAUUUUUUUUAAAAGCCUUUUUUUUCCUCGUAAAGCAUCUGUCUUGGAGACUUUUUUUUCUUUUCAAAAAGUUUCUUGCGAGUUUCAGCAGGAAAUUAAAAUAUAUAUUUUUUUGCUUAUUCCCCCCUUGGUCCUCCUUCAGUCAGUUAACUCAAUUUAGAACUGGUUAGAAACUUUUACUGUGAAUCAGACUUUUUUUUAUCAAUACAGGAGAAAGCCCUUUCUCCACUUUACAAUUGAUGAAGACUGCCAAAGCUGGGUUUGACAUAAAAUCACCUUAACGCACUGUUGGUUUGUACAAUGGAUGCCUCGCGCCAGGGGCGGGUUUAAAAAUAAAACUAAAGUAAAAACAAAAAAUAAAAACAAAAAUAAAAAAAAAACAAGCACUUUAUUGUAUGUACCAGGUGAACUGAUACAGCUCAAUCGAAGUUUUCCUUUGUAACAACUGUUGAUGCCAGAAUUUUGUAUUCUGUUUUGUAAGAAUUUAAUAAAUGCGUUGAAACCUA